UCUUCAUUAUAGGAGCAGGACCAUGUGGACUACGUACAGCUAUAGAGUGCGCUAUGCUGGGGGCAAAGGUCGUCAUGGUAGAGAAACGACUGAGCUUCUCAAGGAAUAAUGUUCUCCAUCUCUGGCCGUUCCUCAUUACGGACCUAAGGAAUCUUGGAGCGAAGAAGUUCUUUGGCAAGUUCUGUGCUGGAUCCAUUGAUCACAUCAGUAUACGUCAGUUACAGGUGGUCCUGCUGAAAGUGGCUUUGAUGAUGGGUGUUGAGAUCCACUAUGGUGUGAGCUUUGAAGGACUAGAACUUCCACCUGAAGACCAGGAACAUGAAAAGAUCGGUUGGAGGGCCAAACUGGAGCCAAAGGAUCACCCUGCAUCAGAAUAUGAAUUUGAUGUUAUCGUUGGAGCUGAUGGAAGGAGAAACACACUACAUGGUUUCAAGAGGAAGGAAUUCAGAGGAAAGCUUGCAAUCGCCAUCACUGCAAACUUCAUCAAUAGAAAAUCAAACGAGGAAGCCAGCGUGGAGGAAAUCAGCGGCGUCGCUUUCAUCUUCAACCAAAAGUUCUUCCAAGAUCUACGAGAGCAGACAGGCAUCGACCUUGAGAACAUUGUCUAUUACAAGGAUGAGACGCAUUAUUUUGUGAUGACGGCUAAGAAACAGAGUCUACUACAUAAAGGAGUUAUUCUAAAGGACUUGCCAGACACCAACAAGCUGUUACGAUCAGAUAACUACAGUCAUCAAACACUCCAGGAAUACGCCCGUGAGGCUGCAGACUUCUGCACCAACAAUCAGCUGCCGACCUUAGACUAUGCCCUCAAUCAUCAUGGCAAACCAGACGUUGCUAUGUUUGAUUUUACGUCAAUCUACGCCGCUGAGAACGCUGCUAGGGUACUAGAUAGGAAUGGUCACAAGCUUCUACUAGCAUUGGUUGGCGAUAGUCUGUUGGAGCCUUUCUGGCCUACCGGUUCUGGAUGUGCUAGAGGUUUUCUAGGUGCCUUUGACGCUGCUUGGAUGAUCCGUAGCUGGGCUUCAGGAGUGAUGACACCGUUAGAGGUCCUAGCUGAGAGGGAAAGUUCUUAUCGUCUUCUAGCUCAAACCACUCCUGAGAAUCUAUGCAAGAUCUAUGAAUCAUAUGGAAUCAAUCCAAACAGUAGAUAUCCACACUUAAACACCAGAGCUGUAGCACCUCAAGAAGUUAUACACCUUUAUGACACCUUAGACGAAGAUCUCAAGGCUCAGUUUGAAAUCUUAGAGAAGAAACCUUCUAUGGUUCUCAAUAGAACAGCAUCCGUUGUGAGGAGUAGUAAGGUGUUAAUGUGGUGUCAACGAGUUACUGGUAACUAUCUGAAUGUGAUGGUUGAUAAUAUGACUUCAAGUUGGAGGAAUGGCUUAGCGUUAUGUGCCAUUAUACAUAGAUAUAGACCACAUCUCAUCGAUUACAAUCGUCUGAGACCUGAGAAUGUUGUAGAGAAUAAUCAGCUAGCGUUUGACAUCGCUGAGCGUGAGUUUGGUAUACCACCGGUAAUGACAGGCAAGGAGAUGGCUACUACUGCCUGUCCUGAUAAACUCACUAUGGUAGCUUACAUACUGAGGUUCUAUGAUCUAUUCAAAGAUGAGCUACCAGCUUCUGUUAAACAGACAAAUACCAAAGAAAUCCACAUAGAAGAGUCCCAUCCGCCCCAAGCCAAGUCUUCCAUUCCAAAAUCAUCCCUCCUAUCACGGCUCGCCUCCAAAGUACGACGGAAAUCUCACGAGAAACAUGACAAAGAGAAUGCAGAGAAAGCUAAAGCAAGUGGGAGUGGCGUUGGCUCAAAACGAAAACAUCACAAGCAUAAAGAUGCCCCGUCUGAUGACAUCAUUGAGAAGCGAAAGCUGCUCACACAGGGGGCUGACAAGACUGAGAACGGUGGUCUGAACGUAGCGGCCAAGAAUGAACUCAACGUUGGUAUCAGAGGUCAAAACAAGGUCAGCGGGCUGGCCGAGCAGCUCCAGGCCAAUCUUAGGUCUAACUUUGGAAUGGAUACAGUUACAGAUGGACCAAGACCAAAACCCAAACCAUUGAUUGACACUGGUAAUGUCCAAGGAAGUCAGCUCUGUGUAUUCUGUAGUAAACGUGUUUAUGUGAUGGAAAGACUUAGUGCUGAAGGAAUGUUCUUUCAUAGAGACUGUUUUAAAUGUCAGGAUUGUGAUUGUACAAUUAGGAUUGGAAACUAUGCAUAUCUACCCGACCAAGAUGGCGGAAAAGGUCUUUUCCUAUGUAGAGAACACUUUGCAGCCAGGAAACAAGCAGCUAGAAAGAGAAGCCUUAGUGAUAAAGAGAGAGAAGCAGUACAGUCUAAGAAGCAAGUAUUUUCUUUUGAUUCCAUUGAAGAGGUUGUGGAAGAUGAGAAUGAAAAUAUUUCCCACCCAGAACCCACCACACCAAAGACUCCCAAAACACCGAAGACACCGUUUAGGAAACGAUCGUUGCUUUCACCGUUCUUCGGCAAGAGAUCAAAGACAACUCCUGAGAGAGAUGAAAUGCAAAAGAUGUAUGAGAAGUUAGCUGAAUCUAAGGGUGCUUUGACGGAAGAAGAGCAGGCUAGAUAUAACCUUGGUACAUCGGUCAAUACAGAUGAUGAACUAGAAGAAUCAUCAGACAGCGAUUAUAAUGAAGAAGAGAAGGCGUGGCUUGAAAAGGAAGGAUUAUCAACAAGAAUGGCUGACGUUGAGGAAGAAGAGGAGGAGGAGGAAUAUGAAGAAGAUUAUGAAGAAGAGGAAUAUGAAGAUGAAUAUGAGGAGGAAGAAGAGGAAGUGGAGAAUUCAGAGAUGGAAUACGAAGAAGAAGAUGAAGAUGAAGAAGACGAAGAAAGCUCAGGAGAGUACUACACUGAUAGUGAUGAAUACGAUGAGGAGGAGGAGGAGGAAGAAGAAGAGGAAGAGGAGGAAGAAACUCCCAAAGAACCGUCAUACAGUCAUGUACAUACCUUGACAAGCUUGAAGCUGCAAUGGCUGAAUGAUACCAAGGCCCCUCAGAUGGCUCCCUGGAAACCACCGGAAGUCAUUCAAAGGGAGAAGGAAGAAGCUGAGAGGAAGAGGAAAGAAGAGGAGGAGAGGAGAAGAAUUGAGGAGGAGGAAAGGUUAAGGAUAGAGGAGGAAGAACGGAUGCGGAAAGAGGAAGAGGAGAAGGAAGAGAUGGAGAGAAGACGAUUGGAGGAAGAGGAGAGAAGGCGACUUGAACGAGAUGAGAGGCAGGAGGAAGAUGAAGAUGAAGCAGAAGAAGAUGAGGAUGCAGAGAAGGAAAUUACUGAAGAGGAUGUCAUCAAUGCUCUGAGAUCUCCUACAGAUGGAGGAGAGGAAUGGGGAGACAGGAGGAAAAAAUGGAGAGAUAAAUUUGCCACAAAGUUUGCAUCUUAUGAAGAUGAUACUGAGCUGGGGAGAAGGCUAAAUACGGAAGAAAAAGGUCAUGCCGUUGACAGCGAGGAAGAUGAUGAUCGGAAUGUAGGGGAAAUCAAGGAUGAAGAUUUAAUUCAGUUAGAAACUGAUUCCAUUGAUGAUCAUGAAGAAGAAGAAGACAGCAGGGAACAGGAGUACUCCCGAGAAAGUGUAGAGGAGCUGGAAGAUCUACAAGAGGUUGAUGAAGAAGAGGAAGAUGAAGAAGAAGAGGAGGAUGACGACGAAGAGGAGGAAGAAAAUGAAGAGGAAAGAGAAGAAGAUGAUGAGACAGAAGAGGGCUCUGAUGAAGUUGAAAGAAUCGUGAUGGGAGGUCAUCUAGCAGAAGAGGAUGAAUUUUCAGAAAGCAUCUCCAGAACGGAAGACAUCAGUGGUGCUGUAGAAAGUGAUUUAAAAGCCAAUCUUGCAGAAGAGGAAGAUGACACCUCUGGGGAAAUGAGCGAAGAACAGACAGAAGGAGAGGUUGAAGGGGAGGAGUCAGCAGAAGAUUUAGUUUACGGGGAUUUGAUCAGCGCUACUGACUACAUGGAAGAGUCAGAAGGCCAGAGUUUUGAUCCACAGAACAGCGCACAGGAUACAGAACAAAGUGAGAGUCUUUUGGUUGAUGAUAUCCCUGUAACGGAUAAGGUAAUGGUGACCCAGAUGCAUGGGGUCAUACAGGGUGAGGUAGUUAAUGUGGAAUGCUCCAGUUCUGAAGCAGAAGAGAUUGACAUUGAUGAUCUUAUUAGUAGUCCGGAGGUUAGUAAGCGUUCCUCGUCGUCUGCUAGCCACCCAGCUCUCUUGGAUAUCAAACCUGAUCUUUCACCACUCCAGCCUAAGGUUGUUGAUAUUGACAUAGGUGACACAGAGACUAUUGAUGAUAGCUCAGCAUUAUAUGAACCUAGUUCAGUACCUGAUGAUACAGAGACUGAGGAUAAUAGUAUAGAACCGUCUGAUCUCAGUGCAGUACUAUCCUAUCCAAGUGAUCAGGUCCAGGAAGCUAGUGCAGCCUCUGGACCAUCCGAACCAAAGACAGUUUCCACAUCGCAACUCAGUACUGAUGAAGACAUUCUCUCUAAGCAUUCCACGCAAGAGAUAUCAAGCAGAGACUCUCAAAGUGACAGACAAGAUUACAAGGACAGUGAAUCAGACAGAGAUCAGGGCACAGCUGAAGCAGCGGGUCUGCUUCAGGAAGCAAAUGCAAAGGGUUACAACUCAGGGACAUCAGAAGACAACUCUCAAUCCAGUCACCUUUCUACUCCUCUUGGUGAUAUCAACCUUGAUCUGCUACCAGAAACUUCUUUUGCAGGAAACACAGACACUGAAAAAUCUGAUGCGGAGGUCGCCAAUGAGGAUGAAGGUUCCAAUGUUUUUGAUAAAUCUGAAGCUAUUGCUUCUGCUGAUAUUGAGCUUGAAUUUGUGCCAUCUAAUGAAGCAUACAGGACUUCAUACAAUAGUUUACCAAAUAGGAAACAUCAACGAUUUAGUGUAGGAUUUGAGGGUGAUGUAGAUGGAGGAACAGUUGAUGAUGUCAAGCCAAAGAUGUCAGCAAGUCCAUCGCUACCUGAAAACCUGAGCGAAGUGAAAGAGACUCCUAAACCUAAACCCAAGUAUAAAUGUAUGUACCCAAGAGCUAGUGGUGUCAGGUCACUACUGUCAUCAUCGUUCUCUGAAUCCUUCAGUCCAAUACCUUCCAUUGAUGAUAUCAAAAGUAAAGAAACUGCAGUAGAUGAUGGUGCUAAUAAGAACACUAACAAUGCCACAGUGAGUGCAAAUGUGGAUGAAAUUACAAUCAGGAUAGAAUCUCCAGAAGAAGAUUAUGUCUCCCCUCCAAGUGCAAUUCAAUCAGAGAGUAUCAGCAGGGAUACUCUUUCCAACAAACAGGCCAAGGCUUACACCCCGACCACGAAAGCCAAGCUGGAGAAGCAGCGUGGAAAGAAAGGAAGUCCAAAGAAACGCAUCCUAAAGCGAUCCAAGGACAAAAGGAAGAGUGAGAAUGAUGUUGGUGUGAGGGGGAAAGGGGAGAGGAAAAAACAUUAUGAAGUUGAGGAUGAAAAGGAGGCUAGGCUGGAGAGCCUUAGGGAAGGGUCUCAGGGUACGCAUUCAGGAUUGUCUCCUGAUACAUAUCCAUCUUGUACUCCUUCCGAUUCAGAGCGUGGCAGCAGCAAACGAAAGAAGGGUUCUGGAAGGAAGAAGGAAGGCACCCCGUCCAGUCUCAAAGUGCCUUCUGACCUCAACAUACCAGAGGAUGAGCUUUCUCCAACAAGUGAUGUCCCACCGUGUACUUUCGAUGGUGGCAUCCCACGCUCAGAAUCCAGCUCCAAAGAGAAGAAGUCUCGUCUAAGCCGUAUGCGCAUGGACAUUCCACGUCGCCGAGAUGCUACUAAGGCCACCAAAAACGGAAGGAGGGCAAGUGCUGGGCUGCAACAGACUGAUGAACCCAACAAAGACAAAAUACAACGAUCAUCAAGCACUAAAAUAGACAGUAGUAGACCACUAGAUGGCGCUAUACCAAAGCAACGGAAAAGUAAAUCCCUAAAGCUCAAGAAGCGUGUGAGUGCAGGAAAACUGGCAUUGUCAUCUACAGAAGGUGAUAGCGAUAGAGAAGAGAGAUCACUCUCACCAGGCAGCCUUGACUUACCUCUAGGUCAGUUUGGAGAAGAAGGGGCCAGGUCCAAGAGGAAGGUUCCAGAUGUUGUUGCUGACCUUGGUGUAGGAACCCCUGAAGCUGCUGCUACGGAACAACUCCCAAGACUCAUCAAGAAGCUUAGCGUAGACGCCAACCUGACCGGUGAGUUUGAUAUAGAUUCUACUACCGAUGAGGAGGAAAUCAAACAAGAUGAAGCAAGCACCGAUCCUGAACGUUCAGAGCAGAUCACUGAUUCACCAAGAUCUAAAGGGAAAUCUCCUAGGAGAAUGUGGGGCAAGAGAUUCAAGAGAUUAAGGUCAUUAAAAAAGCUGAGGAAGGCUUUGAGUAAAAAGACAGCCAGACAAGAACAGGAGAAGCGUAAGAUGGAGGAGGAAGAGCUUAGCGCCAGGUUGACGAAACGCGUCCAGAAGGAAGCUCGUCGUCAGCAUCACCAGCAGCAGUUAAAGCGCCAUCGCUUGGCCCAGGAGAUCCAACGUCAGCUACAGGAAGUAGAGGUCAAACAGCGUGAGCUUGAGAACCGAGGGGUCGCAGCCGAGAGGGCUCUGAGAGGUGAAGAAACUCCUGAUGGAGUAGAAGAAACCACCCUCAUGCAGGAAUGGUUCAGUCUAGUGAAUGAGAAGAACGCCCUCGUUAGGUUUGAGACGGAGCUGAUGGUUCAAGCGAGGGAGCUUGAGUUGGAAGAUCGUCACAGUCAGCUUGAGCAAGAGCUUAGGGUCAUUAUGGCCGUCGGAGAAGGAAAGAAGACGUCUAGCCACAGAGAACAAGAAAAACUUCUCUUAGAUGAAAUGCUGGAAGUUGUAGAACAGAGAGACGCUCUGGUGGCAUUCUUAGAAGAAGAAAGGCUCAAAUACGAUGAGACAGAGCUUGGCUUACAGGAGCAGCAAGAAGAUCAAGACUUUGAGGCUAUCAUGCUUAAGAAAGGCCUAAUGACUGCUGUCCGGUAGUCUGAGGACAUCAAGACUUUGAGGCUAUCAUGCUUAAGAAAGGCGUAAUGACUGAUGUCUGUUAGUCUGAGGACAUCUGUGUGUCAUCAAGAAGGAUUGUCUUCACUGUUACUAGCCUUCUAGGGACAUGUUUGCAUUGAAGGCCCGUGUGUUUACUGUGAGGACUUAUCGUCAGCUAGGCACACACACUCAGACACACUGCAUUCAAUAGUACUGUGUUUGAUAGUCAUGAUGUCUGUGUGAAGACAUCUGUUGGUAAUGACAGUGCCUUCAAUGAGAUAUCUGAGGACUUAUCAGCGAUACACACGUAUAAGGCAUUCAAUGACAGGCCUAGUGUGUUUCAUACAUACUGUGUUCAUGUGAGAACAUCUCGAUGUGGAUAGUUCCUUCAAAAGAAAUAUCUGAGGACGCAAGAUUAGCAAAACACCAAGCAGCAGCAAAUGCCAGUUUGCAUCUAUACAAAUAUUCAUUGUCAGUGUGGGGACAGUGACACCUGUAGCUCUUAAUUAAUCAUAGCCUGGAGAGUGUUUGCAAAUAAUUGAUGGUAUUUUAGGCCCCUUUGUGAUAUCCACCAGAAUUCAUUAAGCUCUACCAUUGAAUCUGAUGGCAAUCUUUACAUGUUAUUAAUCUAUUCCAAACUUUUGAUGAAUUUGCAAGCAUUUGAUUUUAUUAUUGUGUAUUUCAGAGGCAUGUACAUUAAUAGCUGACUGCCAUCAAAUCUUGCACAUGUAUGUAAAUUAUUUCACAAUAAAACUCCUUGAAUUCAUCAAUUACAGAGAACCUUGACAAAUAUUUCAGGAUUAUUAUGAGUAUCUCUUAAAGCAAUGUUGGCACAACUAAACUUUUUCAAAUGUGUUUCAAAAGCACAUUAUGUUUGUUUAAUAAUGGGAGUUUGCAAGAAAAUGUUUACUAUCACUUGCAAAUUUCUGUUUCAAAUAAACUAUUCGAUUAUAACAAUAGUAAAUCAAUUUGAAACUCUUGUUUGAAAAGCUGACCAUCAAUUUAGUGCAAAGUCUCAAUUGAAUGCAAGACUUAGGAUGGGUUUUGGGAGCCAACCUUGACUUGCAUUUGAUUCAAGUUUAUGCUUGAUUCUUUUGAUUUAAUUGAUUUUAAAGAUCUACUUGUCUGGAUUUGUUUUUAGUAACUCUCAACGCAGGAUUUACAUCUAUUGUUGCUUUGUCUGGCAACCUUUGUUUGGAAAGUUUGCAUAAAAUUACUAUGCUAGUAAAUAGGCCUAUUCUGUGUGGUCAUUACAUUCAAACACACAUACAGUGUUUGGGGUCCUUGAGAGUGAUACACACUUUAUACAAAUAACUAAGUCAUUCAUUGGUCCAAUUGAGGACAUCGCCAAAACGGUAUAGGAUACUUUAAUAACCGGGCUAAAAUCAAAUUUGAGAAGUUCUAUCAUUAAUAGGGUAAUAAUGUUGACAUUUUCCCCACUAAUGAUAUAUACUGAGGCAUAUUACAUGUUGAGGUGAAGCAAUGUAAACAAAAAUAUACAAUGAGCUUAUAUCCUAUGGUAUGUGGAUGUAUAGCAAGGUUUUUCUAUAGAGGUACAAUGUCUCACUUUACCCUGAAUACUAACAAUUACACAUAUAUAUAUAUAUAUAACUAGAAAAAAAAUGUACUGCAAAAUUUACACCAUUUUUAAUGCAGUGUACUGCCAGUAUGAUAAGGUAUCCUUUUAAAGUUUUACCUUUUAUCACUUGUGUUGAUUCCUGUUACUUCCAUAUAUAAUAUAUUCACGUAUCUUUUAAUUAUGAAAAUGAAUUGAUAAUUAUUGCCAAUAUGAAGAGCUAUAGCAGAUUAAUGUUGAUAUUUUUAGAGCUGUAUUGAGGAUACUGCACAAUGGAUUAUAAGCAAUUCAAUGUAAUACUUUCGUAUUCAUGAGGAGUAAAUAUUAUUAUUUAUUUAUUGAGUACUCAGCGCAUUCUAUUCUACUGAAAUCAAUAUAGCUUGUAUUUAGGGCACAUAUUAUUUAACAAUUUUGCAAGAAGUUAAGUCGAUUUCACAAGAAUCUAAUUUUCCCAAUAUGAUUAUCUGUCAUGUAUUUUCCCUCUCUUACAUGUAAUUUGAAUAUCUGUGCAAGGUCAUCUUUAUGGUUUUAUUGCCAUUAAUGACAGCUGAAAAUUCGACAGUAAAACUUUGCAUCAAGUUUUUUCAUUCUAUUUUAUAUUAAUGUCGUUUAGGAUGGAUUUUUAUUAUGUUAUCCACUGCAUGUAUUUUGUUAAUCAUUUGGAAAUACUUGGCCAAGUUUUUAGGUUUACGACACACAUAAAGCAUGAACUUAUUUGUAUUACCGUUAAAUUAUCGUCAUAAAGUUGCAAAAUUGUCAUGUUACCAAGCGAUAAGAGAAGUCAUGGUAGGAUUUCAGCCUAUUUUAUCCCCCACCCCCCCCCCCUGCAUUGGUCGCAUUUCUACUUCCUUUCACUAUAUCUGCCCAACAAUUCUAGCAAUAAUUUGCACUGUGCAGUGCAUCUGGAAGAAGAAAUCCUGUUUUUAAGGAUGUAUAUCAUAAUCACAUGUCAUAUGUUUUAUUGAUGGGAAUUGUGUAGCCAAUCAAAAUUCCUAGUAAAAAGUAUUUAAUGAUAAUCCUAGUAUUGAAUUCAAGUCUGGUAGCAGUGUUGAUCUAAAAGAAAUGCUCCUGGGGUAUAUCAUUGAUGUCAGCUCUCAAAUAUUGAUAUUUUACCCGAUGUGUAUUGCCAAAACUACCAUAUUCAUGCUGUUCAAACAUUGCCUUUUGUAAUUAUUUUAAUGUGUGUGAAUGAGUUUGCAUUAAUGAGGCUAGGGUAUAAUAUUGAUACACCUUUCAAAAUGCAUGUACUGUUAGAGCUAAAUCGGUAUAAUAUAGUUCUUUUUAAAUUGAGAACAUGGCAUACCGCAUAGUAGAUUCUAAUAAUAACGAACAUGACAUUUGCACAUGUUGUGGAAUGGACAUGUUAUUUUAAUUACCCGAUGACCAGGGUAAUAAUAUAUCUGUAAAGCGCUUAGAGACAUCGUUCUGAUGUAUUAAGCGCUAUAUAAAUGCAGAAUAUUAUUAUUAUGCAUUAUUCUCUUCAGCAACUUCAUACCUUUUUAUUUGUUUUCAUUUUGAAAAUUAGUAAAUUUGUAAUUUGGCAGGGGAUUUUCUCAUGCUGAUGUAUUUGAUACAAGUUACAUAAGAAAAUCUAUAGGAUAGAUAUGACUAUUGCAUAGCUGGUUCUAUAUGAUAAUAUAUUCCGCAUAAUUCAAAUGUGGCUGUAUGAUUGUUGAAUAGUGAAUCACAUGAUAAAUUGUAGGUUUACCGAUCAAAUGCUAGAUUGAGUUUCACUUAUCUUGUAUAGUUGACAUCCGUGAUCUAAAUUGUUACAGCGAAUGUUAACAUUAAUCAAAGCUAACAGAGGCGCAUCCUAAAAGGGAAAAUGGCUUCUAAAGAGAUACGUACUCUGAAGAGCUGAAACUUCUCAGCUUUGCUGCGAAGUUGUCAUUUUUUAAGGGAAAUAUGUUAUUGUUUCUUUCUAUAAUAAAGCCAUCUCUGAUGUGGCAUAUAUAAAGCAAAUAAUCACCAUAUGGUUGCAGUUGAUAGAACUAUCACUUCUUUAGCAAUGUGGAUGUUUACGUUAACUUUACGAUGCCCUAGAAUUGAUAGUUCGUCCCAUUGCUGUCACUAUUAUUUAUUUGUUCAGCCGUGUGGACAAUGGACAGCAUUAUUAUUUUGUCUUCGAUUUUCAUCCAUUUGGCCUUCUUUUUUUCUAGCAUGUAUUUGUAAAUAAUUUGGUUGUAUUGCAAAUAGGAAAAGAGAUGUUCUAAGAAAUUGCAAAUUAUGUGUUUAUUCCAUAAAUUGCAGUACUGCGAUGUGUUGCCCAAAUGAUUUUCAGCACCAUUUAUUUAUAGAUUGGAGCAUGCAUGAAUAUAUUAAGCUGAUGCUAGGCCAAAUUGCGUGCGAGUGCUAAUUUAUUUCAAGUGAGUGAGAAACGUGGUUGGCAAUUAUCAUUAUUGUGUGUACAAUUUAAUGCUAUUCAACUCUUUGCAUACCCCCCCCCCUGUGUUUCAACUAUACUGAAAUGACCCCCCCCCCCCUUCCUUCCCUGUUAGAUUAUAAACACCAUGUUUUAUAUGAUUAUCAUAGCUUUGCUAUUGCAUUGUUGUGUUAUUGAGUUUCAUGUCGGUGUUUUGAGCAAUUAUUAUCAAUACUCCUCUUUUAUAUAAUAUAGCGCACAUUUUAAAGUCUUGGUAAAAUGACAGUGAUUAACACAAUGGCCACAAAUGCUUGAUAAAUUGCAUUUUCUAAACACACUCUCAUUAUACUAUUUAUAGCAGAUUUCAUUAGCACUAUUUUAUAAAUCUUAUCAGAACUGACAAGUAGUCAGUCUCUGACCGUUACCAUAGUAACAGUUAUAUAUAGACCAUAGCUUCUCAGCCAAUCAUAAACCAUGGAUUUCAAUUUAAUUAUAUGUAACUGAAUUUAACUGCGUACUGUCUGGGUUUGCAACUUUCUUGAAAAGCCUACCUGGUGUGAGGUCCUUGUGGGUACAUCUGAUGCUAGCUCUGUCUCAUACUAAAUAAGUUUUAUUUUUGUCCUACAUGAAAUGGAAAAAGAGCUUUGUUUAUCCUUCUAUCGCAAAGGUUCAUAAUUGAUGUUAUUCUUUUCCUCAUGAAAGUCUAAAUAUAGGGCACAAUUGUUCGCAUGCAUGGGAAAACUGAAAGAAUUGUAUUGCAUGGGUAGAAUGUCAUUUUAUUUGUGGGCAAGUUUCAUUGUAAUAUCAGAUGGUAAUAAUUUCAUCAUAGUAAAGUUUAAAGAGUUUUUAAUAUGAAUACCAAGGUAUUGUCUGUAUGAAAAGCCAUCACUUCUGUUAGAAUUUAUACAAAAUUACAGUAAAUCAUUCAAACAUAUAACAAAUUCUUUGAAAAUUAAUAUUAACAUGCAAUAUAUUUACGAGGGCGAUUACAUGUACAUUUAAUCUGUGUUGUAAUCAUACCUUUUAAAUGUUUUUUUUAAACCACCUAUUUGUUUCUUCAAAUGUAGUUUUGAAUGUUUAUUAUUGAUAAGUAUUUUGCCACACACCAUUUUUAUAUGGUAGAAUAAUAGAAUUUAUGGUUUGUAUUUAUGAUGGUUUGUAUGUGAGAGAAGUGUAUAUGUGUUAUAAGAGAGUGAAGGUUUACAUGAGAAAGAUGGAACUGUGCAAAGAUAUUUGAUAUUCGUCUGGGAGGAGACAGAGUCACAACUUGAAAUUAUUAUGAAGAAAUAAAAUCCUUUUAUAUAAAGCAGA